AUGAGAGUUACUGUUGGUGUUGAUCAUAUCGACGACAUCAGACAGAGGAUUUGCAUUCUUUUUCCCGAUUGCCUGCCCAUCUUCUUGGAACUCCUUCUUUGCAGCCCUGUCCGUCCCAUCAAUAGCGCAAUCAACCCAGAUGAUCUGGCUCUGUUGGACGUGCACCAGAAUGUCUCGCCUGAAUUUCCGUCAUCAAAGGAUCCACGGCUUGACAUUAUCAUUGUCAAACCACAAGGUCACGUUCAGUGCGACGAAUCUCCAUACAUUGGCCCGCAAGACAGGAUAUGUGCCCGGAGUGGCACAGUUGCAGUCCUUGCAAACAUGGUGGAUGCUGAAAAAAUCAUCCAUGUUCGUGGCACACCCUCAAGUGGAAAGUCAACACUUGCAUUGUUGUUCAGAGAUUUUCUUCGCCAAAACGACCGGAAGGUAUUUCUCAUUUCAGGUUGGCGCCGAUGUCUCGAGGACCUAGAUGGUGAGGACCCCUGGGCAAAAUUCGCUGAGGUUCUCCGGGUGAAGUACCGCAACGUUCACAAAAUCAAGGAAUUUUUCGCCAAAGAUACCGUCAUUAUCAUAGAUGAAGCACAGGGAACUUACAGAGACACAACAUUCUGGGAAGACAUUGUCAAAGAUAUUCGGGGUGAGAAGAGAUUCGAGAUCCAACUGUGUCUUUUCUGUUCCUACGGUAGUCCCGCAGCAGGCACAGAUUAUGAUCCUAUCGAUAACCGCACGCCCAUUAACUUUACUGCGAAACAAACUGUUUCGUUGACUCCUCUCGUUGCAGACGGUAUAGGCCUAUUCUAUGACCGACACGAGUUCGAUGAUGUUGUUACAAGAAUUUGUUCUUGGGAUGCUACUCAGCGGUACUCCAUUGAAGCAGGCGCUCGCGACUACAUAUUCGGCCUCACCAAUGGACAUCCCGGAGGAGUUCUUUCGAUUGUUAAGUAUAUCUUCAGUGUGUUCCGUUCUGAGAUAAAACAUGGGAGAAAAUCCACGAUAACAACAGCCGAUGUGGUCGAUGUUCUGGCAAAAGAUGACGAAGUGUUCGAGAAAAUCGAGGGAACUGUUGUCACACGAUCUUUUCCAACCCGAGGUGGCUUCACCCCGCAGGCCAAGAAUGUGUUGUGUAAGAUACUCGAGGAGGGAUUCGUUCCUUUUGAUAGAUCAGAUGAAACAGAUCCUGGCCUUAGAGUAUGCUACGAAAAUGGAUGGAUUCAAAGGGCCUUGCGUGAUGUUGGAAGCAAAGAAACGGAAUAUAUUGCUGUUCUAGCAUCUCGGCUACAUGAAAAAUAUGUCGAGUAUCUAAUCGGCACGUCUCCCUCGCCAUUCCCAGCCAACGACUUUCCCAACAUUCUUAUCUUGUGUACACAGAUUCUCCAGAAUUUCUCGCCCAAGAGGCUGCGGCAUUGCUCGGCAGGGAAAAUGUCAACUGCUGCACGGCUGAGACCUGUGGAAGCUCAAUACCAGGAUGAGUUCUACAGGGCUUUCAACAAGGUGGUAGGACGUGGCGUACCGAUAUCCAGUGAAUGGUCUCCAGGCAGCCAUGGACGAGUCGACUUCUGGAUUCCCGAACCGCGCUGGGGAAUAGAGCUUCUUCGCGAUCAUAGCCGCCUCGAUCAACACUGCAAUCGAUUUAAGCCGGGCGGCCUUUACCAUCCGUGGAUUGUGAAUGGUAUGAUCAAUGAUCAUAUUGUAAUCGAUUGCUCGACGUCUUUUCCUCGCAAUGCUCACUCCGAUCCGAAGCUGAUACGCGCCGUCUUCACUCAAGAUUACUCACUAUUGACGAUUCUCGAUCACAAUAAUAACCCUCUCGGACACCCCAUUGUUUUGACCAACUGA